AUGUCCCCAUUCCCACAAACUAUGUCUUCUGAAUCCUCUACUGCCUUCCAGAAGACCAUGGAUUCAAAGUAUGGGUUGUGUAUCUCUCCCUCGUCGUCUUCAUCGUCUGAAGAUGAAAGCAUCCACCCGACUUCCCGCCUUCGUCCAUCGGAACUUGCCAGAAUGGCGAGAAGAAGAAGAAACCGCGAGUUCAGAGAUGAAAAGGAUCUUCGCAAAGAGAUUCUUCACGAUUCUGUCCUCAAGAAAGUCCGCCGGUACGAGAAAGAGUGCUCCGAAACUCGAAAGAAGAGGCAGGAUGUUAUUAAGGAGCAGAGAAGCCAGAAGAGGAAACACCAGAUGACAACGGAGGAGACCGAUUCCAAGAAGACUCACGACGCCGCAGAAUACCACGGAUCGCAAGCCAAGCAGCAGAAUACCAGUACAACCGACUCCUAUGAUCCGUUCGACAUGAAGUCCUUCUUCCAACGUCUUGACGCCAGAAUGCUCUACUAA